CUUCUAGUCAAGUCUGUUCAUCAUGAAGGUCGUCUUCGCUGUGUUGUCCGUGCUGGUCGGCUCUGCCCUGGCCCAGGAGUCUCACAUUUACAAAGGAGCUGGUACUUUCGGUGUAGGUUUCAACAAUGGACAGAUUGCUGGUAAAGGCUAUGGCUACAACCCAUACAAUAACUAUGGCUAUAACGGCUACGAUUACGGUAAAGGCGUUGGCAACGUUGGCGUUGCUGGUACAGGCUAUGGCUACAACCCAUACAACAACAACUAUGGUUACAACGGCUACGGCUCCGGUAAAGGCGUUGGUAGCAUUGGUGCUGGAAAGGCUUAUGGAAUCGACUAUAGCCCCUACAACUACAACAACAAUGGCUACGGUAAAGGCGUUGGCAAAUUCGUUGUUGGACAUGGAUCUGGUCUUGCAGGACACGGACCUUUCGUUGGACAUGGAUCCUUCGUUGCUGGACAGGGUUUGUACGGACACAUUGGCGCCAUUGCUGGACAUGGACCUUUCGUCGGACACGGAGUUGCCGGACACGGUGUUUAUGGACAUGGUGGACCCUUUGUUGGUCAUGGAGUUGCUGGGUCGUUCGUCGGCAAAGCCAGUCCCUAUUACUACCACUAGAGACGUAUGCUUGUCAUGCCUUAUGUAUGAAUGUGUUUUUUAUAGUGUAUUGAUUUGUUCUUUACAUCAACAAAUGAAUAAAAUGUACC